UGCUGGCAGUUGGAUCCAUCUCUGACCGGAGCCCUAGGAGUUGGGUCGAUCCAGUGACAGACACAGCCAUGGCCCUGAGGGGACCCUGCCCCUUGCUCUUCCUGACCCUGGUCCUGCUGGCCGUCUGCCUGGCUCAGCUCAGCGAAGGCGCCAGCUACCAGCAGUUUGUGACCCGACACUUUGACAGCCCCAAGACCAGUGCUGCCAACGACCGGCUCUACUGCAACCUCCUGAUGCAACGCCGUGGCCUGACCCGUGUCUUCUGCAAACGCCGCAAUACCUUCAUCCACGCCCCUGCUGGCAAGCUCCAGGCCAUCUGUGCCCGUGGAGGGACACACGUUAGCCUCAACCUCUACGACAGCCUGGAGUCCUUCAACGUCACCACGUGCCGGGCGCUGCCCCGCUCCCGCCCGAGGCACUGUAGAUACAGGGCUGCAACUGGCAACACCAAGAUCCGUGUGGCCUGUGUCCAGGGGCUGCCUGUGCACUUAGAGCCGACGUACCUGCCAUGAGCAGGGGAUCCCCCUUCUGCCCCCCACCCCCGCUUUGAUCCUGGGCAGCCCUCUGUUGCUGGGGGCACCCUGUCCCCCUACCUGCGCCUCCUGGGCAACGCCCGCCAUGAGUCUCCACAGGGACUUUCAGUGCCUCCCCUUAUCCCACGGGCCGGCAGUUGGGGCUGCGGGGGGAUUUCCCAUGCUGGGUGCCCAGUUCCUAUUCACAUGAGUGAAAAUCCGGGUGCCCAGCCCCCCGGCUGGCACUGAGACCCUCAGCCUGAGCCCAGCGGCUGCCUCGCUGAGCAGGAUCCAAACACAACUGGCCUGGACUUGGGCUGGGGCUGCCCCGGACAUACCAGGAGCAGAAGAGGCCAAGCGGCUCUGAAACCUCAGAACCAUUUCAUUGGGGGACCCACUUUUAGCCCCCUGAAUCUGACCAAAAUUCCCACAAACCCCUUGGAUUUGUCUAAACCUGUAUGACUGGAUCUGGCCCCGUUACUGGGGGAUGUGGAAACCAGCUGAGCCUCGCAUGGCCAGACAUCACAGGGCUAAGAUGGGAGGAGGGCUGCUGGGCCGGGUAGAAAUGAGGGGCUCUGAGGGCACCGUGGGCGAGGUUAACUCCUGUUCCUGUCAUCCCUCCCGUCCCCCAGAGCUCCCCAGGCAGUGAAAUUUGCUAGGCCGGAGCUAGGGUAGAACCAGGAGGCACUCGGGGUCUCGGUCUGGCUCUGACGUCUCCCAUGUGGAUAUAAGGUGAGGCUGUGACCGGAGCUGAAGGGGGAAGCAGAAGGGGGGUUGCAGUGGGGUGGAGCGAUGCUGUUGGGGAGUUCGAUUCUCUGGCUGCCACCCUUAAUACAAUGCUGCCAACGCAGAACGGCCAGGCACAUGUUUGUGGGGCACUUGGCGUGGGGGUGAACAGCUGCCCCAAUGGCCUUCAGAGAGCACAGCUGAAUUGUCGUGGGGUUAUCUAGGGGGCCCAACCUCUGAUCUGGCCACAGGCCAGGGGCCUGGCUGGCAGGGAAUGGGGCGCAGGGUCUUUCCCCUAUAGGGGGCGCUGGCUCCAAUCCAGCCUCAGAUCAGGGGACACCGGCUGGCUCAGGGGGGCAGAGAAUAGCGCAUGGGACCUUUCUCCUCUAGGGAGGACUGGCUCCAAUCUGGCCCCAGGGCGGUGACUGGCUCAGGGGGGCAGGGAAUGGUGCACAGGGCCUUUCCCCUUCAGGGGACACCAGCUACAAUCCAGCCCCAGAGCGGGGGAUUGGCUUGAGAUCGCCCUUUGAAGGCUGGGGAGCUGCUUCUCCCCCCUCAACAGCUCAGCCCAUAUUUCCCUCUCCCAGGGGGGA